AUGUCUGAUUCCUCUAGCUCUGAACCAAGCUACCCCAACGGAGAAGAUCCUGUUGCUGACUCUGCGAAUACCUCACAUGCAAGAAGACCUAAAGAAACUGUAUCAGGCUUCUCCUCAGCCAUCGCUCUUGAAGAACGAACCAGAGAAGGUUCCAGGUAUGUUCACAAUGCCAUUGCCACUAUGGUGACUGGAAUACUGUCUGGUAUCCAUAAGGUCCUUGGGGUUUCCAUUCCCUUAAACACUAUUGAACCUGAUAGUGUUACUUAUCAAGAAAAUACUGAGUCUUUAGGAAAGAAUAUCUCUGAUGAUGUUGAGCAAACUGAUGCUCAUAAGGAGUCAAGUGUUGACAAACCCUUAGAUAAUGUGGCUGGUGAGGAAGUUCAUGUCACUCAUGAUGUCAGUGACAACCCUAACUGUGAGGCUGAAACAGUAGACCUGGAGGAAUUUUCUAAUAAUGAGCUGCCGUCCUCUGUCCUCCCUAGCAUAGCCAAAAGGGUUAGGACUAGGAGAGAAAAGAAAACUGUGGCUCAAAGGUCCCCUAGAAAGAAGAUUGAUGUUCCAACCUCUUCCAAGACAAAGGUGGCAGUCGAGAGUUCCCCCAAGAGGAAAGGUCCUGGUCCAGACAAAUCUUGGAGCAAAAUGGUGCCCAAGAAAAAGAAGACCAGGUGGAAAUAUGUUUAUCAGAAGAGGCUGGCUUUGGAAAGGGAAUUAGCUCAGAAUGUCCUAGAAUGUAAGGAUAUUAUGGACCUUAUUCAAGAGGCUGGUUUAAUGAAGAUUGUGACUCAGUUCUCAAAGUGCUAUGAGAUAUUGGUUAAGGAAUUUAUUGUUAAUUUGUCUGAAGAAUGUGCUGAUGGCAAGUCUAAGGAAUUCAGGAAAGUGUAUGUGAGAGGCAAGUGUGUAAAUUUCUCUCCCUCAGUGAUCAACAAGUAUUUGGGAAUGCCUGAUGUAGCUCAACCUGAGCUUGAGAUUGGAGCUGCUAACUGGGUGCCCACCAAUCAUAAAUCUACAGUUGCUGUAAUGCUUGGAAAGUUUAUAUAUGCUGUUGGAACCAAAGCCAAUUUUGACUAUGGCUCAUAUAUUUUUGAUCAAACUUUGAAGCACGCAGGAAGCUUUAGUGUGAAGGGACCUAUAGCCUUUCCUUCUCUCAUCUGUGGUAUUGUUUUGAAUCAGUUUCCAAACAUCUUAACAGAGAAUGAUUCUGUGAAGAAAAGAGACAACCCUAUGUCCUUUAAUCAUAAGCUGUUCCUAGGUACCCAUGUUCCUGACAUUGUCAUGACAACAGGUGAGACAUCACGUGUAAGCAAUCAACCAGGUAAAGCUGCUGUCAUUGCAAUGCUCAAAGAAACUUGCAGGGAGUUAGAGGCAAGGAAGCUGAACUUGGAAAAAUUGAUCAGCACUUUGGAGAUGACUGAAGGUGAUGUGCUUGGUGAAGCUGAUGAUGCUGCUAAAGAAGCUGAAAGACAGGGUGAAGAGGGAGAAGCAAAUGCCAGUCCUGAUGAUGGCACAGAUGAUGAUGCUGACUCUGAGUCAGAUGACUAG